AUGAAUUCGAUGUUCAGUGCCUUCGAUGCCCUCUUUGCUGAGCUAAUGGGAAAGAACCUUAUGGCUUCUUCGUUUAAUGCUACCGCGAUUACCACCGCCAAAUCUGCCGCACCGCAAACGCAAACGGAAACACAGAAGAAGGAUAACGCAAGUAGCAAUAAGAUGGUGAAGAAGACUCCGAGAUAUGCUCUGGAGCUUGACGGUCUUCACUGCUUCGAGACAAUAGUCCGUUAUUGA